CUGCGGCCCAUGUGGGCCAGGUUUACAGAAUCAAACAAUCGUGACUAAUGACGGACUUGAUGCUCUGAGUCAGUGUUCAGUCUGGCUUGUUUUGAACAGAAAUAACUUUUUGAAGCUUUUAUUUUAUUAAAGGUUUCUAUUUUUUUUGGAAAUUACGUUGAUGUUUUUCCACAUCGUCCUGCAGCUUCAUGUAGAACACACUCUGAUCCUCUGGGACUAGAACUGUGAUCAUGUGGACCUGACCGAGCUCGGACAGAGUGUGGGGGGUUUAGAUCAGUGCUGGUCAUUUGUGAGUGACCAUCAGAGCUGACCACAGCAGGGCUGGAGCUGCAGUCAACACACACACACACACACACACACACACAGAUACACGUCAACACGGCAGCAGGAGCCCCGCUGGUCACUGAGUGAAGGGACUGGACCUCAGACAUGGCAGAAGGAGUGUGCAGGACCGAGGAGGACGAGGGUCCGAGCACCGAGGAGGACUCGCCGUCGUUCCAGGGGGUCGGCGUGUGCAAGUGGUUCAACGUGCGCAUGGGCUUCGGAUUCCUGUCCAUGAACAGCAGGGAGGGGGUGCCGCUGGACGAGCCGGUGGAUGUCUUCGUCCAUCAGAGCAAGUUGCACAUGGAAGGCUUCCGCAGCCUGAAGGAGGGCGAAGCUGUGGAGUUCACCUUCAAGAAGUCGUCCAAAGGCCUGGAAUCUCAGCGCGUUACAGGACCUGGGGGCAUCCACUGUGUGGGCAGUGAGCGAAGACCCAAGGGCAAAAAACACCAGAAAAGACGAUCAAAGGGAGACAGGUGCUAUAACUGUGGCGGUCUGGACCACCACGCCAAAGAGUGCAAGUUACCGCCGCAGCCUAAGAAGUGCCAUUUCUGCCAAAGCAUCGAUCACAUGGUUGCCAACUGUCCAAUCAAAGCACAACAGUCCUCGCCCGGCUCUCAGGGAAACCCCUCCUCCUUGAGGGGGGACGACGAGGAGCACAGCCACCCCGCGCUGCCUCCCGAGACCUCCAACUGAAGGAGGAAGAGCGAGGCAGUGACGCCGUGGGCCAAUCAAACUGCUUUGGCGGGAGGAGGGGGGGGGCUCCUGACCCCCGUCUGCCCAUGGAAGCUGCUUUUGAAACUACCUCAGGUUUAAAUGUUGCUCAUGAAGAAUGUUUUCUCUUUUUUUUUUGUUUCCUAUGUUUGUCGUCAGUUGCUGUAACACUCAGGAAUUCUGCUGUAAAACUCUGCUGUGUGAUACUGCACUCAGGAAACUCUCUAAUGUGAUGUCACUGCUGUUUCUGAAGGACGUGGUGAUUAGAGUCAAGUCAACCCAAUGCAACAGAUUACCCACUAAUAUCUUUACUCUAUUCGACAUACUCUGCCCCCGUGUGGGCGUUAUACCUCUCUACAUUGGCUGCCUUACCAUGAAGUCUUGUAACGCUGUCUGACAGUCGGUUCCUCCGUCACUGACGUCAGCUCAGACUGAUAAUGAGAAUGUAUCUACUCUUCAACCACAGCCACAGGCCGUGUGUUGGUGGCCGUCAAUAUUGCAAUUGACCAUCCAGUCUUUCUGGGGCCAAAUGAAUGUCAGACCAACGGUGGUUUCCAGCCUUGGUCAGUAGUUUGUUUUAUUUUUUUUAUUUUUUUGUCAUUCCAUUCCUGGGGGGGGGGUUUCUUUGGUGGAACUGCACAGUCCACCCUCCACCCUCCCGACAGGUCCACACACCUGGUCCGCUGAACCAAAGUCUCGCUGUAACCAAAUGAACACUCAUCACACGGCUGUGAAGACAGAUUUGAAUUGGGAUUCAGUCAAGUCCUUUUUGCACUACAGCGUUCACACAGGUCGGAGCCACGAGUUGAACCUCCUCAAGAGUGAAUUAACUGAAUGUGAGAGAGACCGAGGGUGAGUGGAGGCUGUGGUCGGCCACAGCGUCUCCCUCUGCUCUCACCUCAGUAGUUAAUCGUUGAGUACCAGGUACUGUUCUCCAGUCACAGAUACAACAUCACAGUUCAUCUCUGCUGUGGUAGAGAUUAUUUUUUUAAAACUUCUUUCUUCAGAUUUUAUCACAAAAAAAGUCUUCAUUUUGUUAAAAGUCACUUCUGGACAACGGUUCUCUGAACUGAUGAAUUGACUACGUACACCAAUCAGGAGUGACGUGGUCUUCAGGCUCCACUCUGAUGUUUUUAGGUAUUUACUAGAGGAACUAAACAGUUCCUGGUACUUUCUCUAUUUUUUUGGAACCAUUUUCCUGCAGCGGAAA